AUGACCGGUAUUUCUUACUCGACCCGACCUGGCCCAAUUGGCCUCCCCAAGCGCUUCGGCUUGCUGCUUCUGUGGCUACUUCUUCACGCAGGUUUAGCUAGUUGCGAAUAUGAGUCUGGAAAUACCUUACGUCCUUAUGCCAAAAGGCUUUCAGCUCGUGCAGACCCCACUUACGAGAGUCGCGUCGAAAAGGGCAAGACCAUAAAGUGCGACUUCUCCAAGCCCGCCGAUAAAGUAUCGCAGAGCAAGUGGCAGGACGCAGCGGCUUUGGAGAGAUGGGGCUGGUAUGAUCCGGCCACGGAUUGGACAGGCGGCGACCCGCUGUUCGCUGAUAGUCUGGAUAAAGCGUUCGCCGAUGUCAAGAUUGACAAGAAGAACAAUGGAUACUCCACAUACACGCAUAUCAAAAGCUUCACAAAGUCCGACGGCACACCCGGUCAGGCACGUAUUCACCUCCUAAUAAACCAAAGACAGACCCGACUGACAGGGAAGCAGGGGACUGGCGGCGAAUACGGACAGAUGGUCAACCCAACAGACGGCGCAAUCGUCUUCGAUGGAAACUUCAGUCCUUCAUAUUUCAAUAAGGAGUUCGGAGCAGGCGAUGUCCCUGAAUUGGAGAAACUUUCUGACGUUUCUUUCUUUCAAUGGGUGGCGGCUUGCGAUGAGAAGAAAAUCAGUGCCGGCAAUAUCAAGUACGCCUUCCGGGCACACAUCACCUACCAGCCAAGCUUUGAUAUUGUCACCAAAGCCCUUCAGAACGCGGACUAUCAGAAGGUGCCCGACUGGGAUAAGCGGGCCACAUUUACGAUGGACCAAGAUUCUGGCCUCGGUAUCCUCGGCAGCGUUCAUGGGUCCGGUGUGGCUUUCUUCCUUCUGCAGCAUAAAGCGAAACUGGGGUUGAAAAGGAUCACUGAGGUUACUGUCUGGUCUAGUACGGGCGAGUUCGACUUUGGGGUAGACCCAGAAGAUAACUGGCUUAAUUUGAGGUUCAAGAUCGAGAACGUGGAGUAA